AUGCCUUUGCAAACCAUAGUUGUUGGCGGGGGAAUCUGUGGUCUUAGUACCGCCAUUGCCUUGCGUCGCGCAGGGCAUCAUGUCAUAGUCUACGAACGAUACUCCUCAGAAGCUGAUGCCGGUGCUGGCAUAACGAUCCGUGCCAACGCUGCCAGGAUACUAGAGCGAUGGGGGCUCGAUCUCACAUCGUACGGCGCGCUCCCAUGCACGAAUCGUCUUCUCCUUGACGGAAAGAGCUUGAGAAUAUACAUGGAAAGCGACGUGGCGCAACAGGAAGGGGAACGUGGUGGAUUGCAAAUCAACGCCACGAGGAGUGACCUUCACCAGCUACUGCGACGAGAAGUGGAGCGGCCCACCACUGGAGAAGGCACCAUCAAAGUCUUAUAUGACAAGCAUAUUGUCGACUACGAUGCUGAGAGACCGGCAGUUCAGCUCGCAGGCGGAACGUGGAAGGAAGCCGACCUUGUGAUUGCUUGCGACGGGAUCAAGUCGAAAGCCGCCACUAUAAUCAUCGGGAAAGAACUUCCGGCAAAGCCAACGGGAUUCUCUGCGUUUAGGUUACUGCUUCCCGACGCAAAGAUCAGAGAAGUAGCACAAAAGUUCCCCAAUGACCACUUCAUCAAGUCCAGAUUCGAAAAAUCAACGGGGGAAGUAUGGAUCGCAACCGAGCCUCCUGACCGCGUGUUGGCCUGGUGGUGUUGUCGAUUUGAUUCCAUGCACGCAUUUGAUAUCGUCAUCCCAGACCACGAGUCGUAUGCCAGCUCAGAGGAGUGGCUUGCAAGAUGCGAUAAAAGCAUCCUCUUGGAAGAGUUUCGUCAUUGGCACCCGCUCUUUGGCGAGAUCCUCAGCAAAGUAGAGGAGCCGCUGCUUUGGAAAAUUUGUGACAGGCCGCCGAUCGAGAGCGUGUAUAGAGGACUGCUGUGCAUGCUGGGUGAUGCAUUGCACCCCAUGGGUCCGUACCGAGGUCAAGGUGGGAGCCAGGCAAUGGAAGAUGCCGCGGUGGUGGAAAUGUGCCUCCGUGGAGUGACCGACCGCGCUCAGGUGCCGCGAAGGCUGGAACUACUGCAGAGUCUGCGGGUUCCAAGGUAUGCAUGCAGUCAAAUGGCUUCGACGGUACGACAGAACGAGCCGAACAUGGAAGAGCAUUACCAACAGGUACUGGACGAAGCCGGAAAGUGGUUUCAGGGGCAGGACCAAUCUCACUUGUCCGACAGAAACACAUUUGAAAUAUGGAUGGAUAAAUAUGAUGCAGCAGGGGAGGCCAGCAAGGCACUGGAGCGUAUAGCUGCGACCGACUAUGCCCGUACAUGUGUGAGUAGCUCCAAGAUAUAG